ACCUAGCCUUCAAUCAGACGAUCCGUGUUGGCAUUUCGGGGGCCUAGGGACCCGGAGUUCCAUGGUGGUGGUGCAUAUAUACGCGGCUUCGGGCGGUCGCGUGCAUAUGCACAUGAUGAGCUGAGGGGAUUUAGUUAUAGGUAAUAAGGCCGGUUAUCUCUAGAAAUAGGAGGUAGUUAGGCUUUUUCGUUUUAUAUUUCGUACCUGUUAUUGACCUUUAAAUAUCAUCUCUGUUCUUUCGGGAGAGCUAAAAACCCCUAAACCCCGAUCGGAACCUGAACGCAACUCCCUAGAGAAGUCACAAGGAUAAAUCGGAAAGGGAUAGGAUAUCUACACGCCAAUUCUCUAUUUUCUUCCUAUCUUGUAUCCUAUAUAGCCAUGGCCAAUCCGUACGCGGGUAUCAACUUUUGGAUAUACCCCCCUAAUAGAGCUGCGGCCAUUAUAUUCACAAUUGCCUUCUUCAUUUCGGCGGCGAUACAUUUCUGGCAAUGCUAUCGCAAAAAAUUCUUCAGAGUGACAGGACUUUUCGUCGCUGGUGGUUUACUCUAUGUCAUCGGAUUCGCAUUCAGGGUUAACGGCGCAUUUGGGAACUGGGACCAGCUGGGUCCGUUUGUCGUGAGCGUUGCGCUCAUUUGCGUUAGCCCACCACUCCUAUCUCUCGCCAAUUACGAAAUCCUCGCUCGGGUUUUCUACUACGUGCCCUACUUCUCCCCGAUGGAGCCGGGGAUGGUGCUCUCGACGUUCGCCUUUCUCUCCAUAGUGAUAGAAGGGAUAAACGGAGUCGCCUCUUCUUUCAUAGCGAACCCGAAAAGCGAUCCUGAGACGGGCACUGCUUUGAUGUGGGCAGCUUUGGCCCUUCAGCUCGCUAUCAUCGUGUUCUUCUUAGUCCUUGCUGGAUCUUUCCACCUGCGCUGUAUGCGGGCCGGCAUCGCGGGGGCUAAGGGUAUUCGGUACUCUCUCACCACGCUAUACGUGAGCAUGGGACUCAUCCUGAUGCGAACGAUCUACCGUGGCGUAGAACACUCCGUACUGGCUGUGGCUAAUACCGAGUGGCCUUUCUACAUUUUUGAGGCCUUUCUCAUGCUCAUUAAUAUGCUCAUGUGGAAUGCCAUGGACCCGAGUCGCUUCCUUCCCGCUAAUUUCAGAACACACCUCACACGCGAUGGAGUGACAGAAGUGACGGAGGCAAAAGUUGAUAACCCACAGCCUUUUGCUUUUAAAGUGUUGGUUGUGUUGACACUGGGCGUAUACCGUAGCCCUAAGCCCAAGGAUAAGAUGUCCCAAGAGACUGACGCAAGUGGAGAUGGGGAGCGGCCUGUGGAGUUGGUGUAAAAGCCUGCCCUAUUUUUUUUUUCCACUUAUACAUGCUCUAGCUUUAUCUUCCUGUGCGCAGCGUCGAAAAGUAGAUGAUAAAUUAUUUUCUAAUUACCCCUACUAUAGACGUAUUAAGCGACCCCUGAAGGAACUAGUGCCUAUGGAAUCCUCGCUUCAGUCGUCGAAGCUCUUUAAACGAAAUUGAAAAUGCCGAGGAUCAUACGUAUAACGAUACAUGGGCCAAAUUAAUGACUAACAGAAUGAUGUAAAGUUCUGAUUGUAUUUUGAGUAACUAUAGUUAGAUGUAUGCAUGUCUUUGUGUC